AUGACGGUCGACGAAGUGAAAGCACUAUGCAUGAAAUCACUGGAAAAGGCACGAGUCGGCAAGGAUCCUGACUCUAUUCAGCAUGGCAGGGACUUCUAUAAGUACAUGUUCGGUCAUUAUCCGGAUCUGCGUAAGUAUUUCAAAGGAGCCGAAAAGUUCACUCCUGAUGACGUGCAAAAAAGUGAAAGAUUCACAAAGCAAGGUUUCUUUCUCAGCAUUUCCCCUUAA